UCACUGACAGGACAUGUGUGCGAUAAAAAUGGUGACCGUAUACCAGCUGGCAUUCAUGUUCUGAUGUUACAAAACCUGCCAUUUCUUUUAUUACUAAAGUAAAGUGUUAUGGCGUCCGUUUUGGAUUUGAUCAAACAUUAUCAGCAUGCUAUUGAGAAAUAUCCAAAUGACGAACAAAAAAUUUUAAAAUGUAUAAACAAAUUAUUUCAACUGGAUGUAACAGUACAACAUCUGCAAGAGACCGGUGUAGGCAGAACUGUGAAUGCAUUGCGCAAAGAACCAGGAGAUGUUGGUCAAGCUGCCAGGGCUCUCGUUUACAAAUGGAAGGUCAUGGUGGCAGCGGAAGAAAGUGACCAGGAAGCUGACCACAGAAAUGACACAUCAAACUACAAUGGGAAUAUAAGUGAAAGGGAUAGUGAAGAUAGCACACCUCAGUCAAAAAGUAGACAUGACCAGUAUGAGAAAUCGUCAAAGUCAAGCAAAUCUACAGGUGACUAUAAACAUAUUAAUGGUGACAGCAGUUCACAUAAGCGAAGACAUCACAGCAGUGAGGAAGAAGAACCUGAAACAAAGAAAUCAAAGCACUCUAGUACCAAUGAUGAUAAAUACAAAAGGAAGUAUGUCAAAAGUGAAUCAAGCGAAAGUGACACGCAAGACACAGACAAUUCUCAAAGUAAUAGUAGUGAAUCCGACACAUCACAAAGUUCAGAAGAAGACAGAAAACCAAAACAUAAAAUAAAAGAAGAAAAACAGGAAGAAGAAAAAUCCUCAAAUUCUUCUAAGCACAUUUCACACAGUAGUCACAAAGAUCGAAAAAAUGAUUCGGCAUCAGAAAAACAACGUGAUUCAUCAGACAAACAUUCAAAACAUAGAUCCGAAUCAACAAAAUCAGAAAAAUCUUCAAUAGAAAAAGUGACUAGCUCACAUAAACAAACUAGUACCAAAGAUAAGGAAAGCUCAUCUAAUAAAAAAGAAAAAUCGAGUCAUAAAUCUGUGGAGAAAGAAAAGAAAAAUGAAUCUUCAAGUAAACAUAGCAGUUCAAAGAAAGAAAGUUCAAACAAAAAAGACAAGCAUAAUUCUGCUGAAAAACAUGCUAGUGCAUCAGAGAAACAAAAUAGUUCAAACGAAAAAACAAAGGAAAAGUCUUCAAGUAAAGAAUUAUCGAGAGAUAACCACAAAUCAAGAGAAAGCAGUAGUAGCAAGCACAGUUCCUCUAGUAAAGAUAGAUUAAGUAAAGAUAGAUCGAGUAAAGACAGAUCAAGUAAAGAUAGAUCGAGUAAAGACAGAUCAAGUAAAGAUAGAUCGAGUAAAGACAGAUCAAGUAAAGAUAGUUCAAGUAAAGAAAAAUCAAGCAAAGAUAGGUCAAGAGAAAAACACUCGUCAUCAAAAGAGUCUGAUCAUAGUCAAAAAACUGACAAAAAGCAUUCAUCUGAUAGCAGUUCAAAAGAAAGAAAAGAGAAACAUAAAAAAGAAAGCGAUAAAAGUGGAGAUGAUAAAAAGAAACAUUCUCAUUCUUCAUCAAAAUCGAGUAAGUCUAGCUCAAGUAAGUCAACAGAAGACAUACCAAAGAAAAAAGCUCAUAUAAGUAAUAGCGAGGACAGCGGCGAUGACGGAAUUGAUUGUGGGUCAGGUGCCAGCUUUGCCGAAGCGCUAGGGAUGAUAAGUCCAACUAAGCCUAAAAAGAAAACUAAUACUGUUAAAGAAUUUCUAUCGCCGAAUCCGUUUCCCGAUUUGAGUCCGGCUUCGUUACUAGCCCCUACUGCAAAACUGAUGCCCCUACCGCCCUUGGAAAUCUCCGCUUUGCCAGAAAUCUCACCGAAUUACAAACCCAGACCUCCACCAAAACUUCUACCACAUUUCACAGACGAGGAUGCCAUGAGUCAUGUUAUAUCUUCCAAAAAUCAAAGAACAAAGGUCUAUUCGGGGAACAAAGUUAUAGGAAAAAUACCAACUUUGUAUGAGAUGUGUGUACAUGUACUUCAAGAGCAUAUAGAUGCACUCGAGUACACUGGUGGUGUGCCAUAUGAGAUACUUAAGCCAGUUGUUGAUAUGGCAUCACCGCAACAACUGUUUAUGUUGGAACACUUCAAUCCGUACCUAAUGGAAGAUACGGAUCAUUUGUGGCAAAAGUUCUGUGAGAAACAUUUCCGCAACAAACAGAGACAAGAAAUGGAAACAUGGAGGGAAAUGUAUAUGAGAUGUCAAGAAGAACAGGAACAUAGAUUGAAAUCACUAACGGCUAAUAUUAAACAAACUCAAGAAGCCAAGAAAGCGCCCAUAAAACAGACAAAAAUGGCGUACGUCGAUACUGUGGUGAAGCCGCCACGAAACAUCUUGAGGAAACAAGCUCAACAUGGCACCGCACAUGCUUCAACCGCUAGUCCAGCCGCUAGAGUGGCAUCUCUAGCGUCUGCUCCCAAUGUGCUACGUGGAGGCUCGGUGCGGCCUCCACCUGCCACUCCUGUCUCCUCCUCAAACUUCAACAAGCCCAAGAAAGCACCCCUCAUGCAAAAGGCACUACAAUUCAUGCGCGGACGCAAACGAUGAUAAUUGUCAUAUAAUUUACUUACGUCUUUUUGUAAAUAUUAGUGAUGUGCUUAAUGUAAAAUGUGUUUAAUAUAUCAUUGAAUAAAGCAAAUGUCGAUAGGAUUAUAUGUUUGUGUAAAAAUCAUAAAAGUAGUUGGGAAAAGACUCUGUUAAAA